UCUGUGUAAUUGUGAUACAGUAAUGGCAGCUUGCAAAGGAGUCUGGACACAACCUUUCUGGAAAGCAGUUACAGGAGAAUUUCUGGCCAUGUUUAUAUUUGUUUUUUUAAGUCUUGGUUCUACUAUUAACUGGAGUCCCCCUGAAAAGCCUCAGCCAGCAGAUAUAGUCCUCAUCGCUCUAUGCUUUGGAUUAAGCAUUGGUACACUAGUGCAAUGCUUUGGACAUAUAAGUGGAGCUCAUAUUAACCCAGCUGUAACUAUUGCCAUGGUUUGCACAAGGAAGAUCAGUGUUGCCAAAUCAGUUUUUUACAUUGUUGCACAGUGCCUGGGUGCCAUUGCAGGAGCAGGACUUCUCUACUUGGUCACACCAUCAGAUGUAGCAGGCAAUUUUGGAGUUACCAAGGUGAAUGAAAAGCUAUCUUCUGGCCACGGACUGCUUGUUGAACUGAUUAUUACAUUUCAAUUGGUUUUUACAAUAUGUGCAAGCUGUGACCCAAAGCGCAAUGACAUCACAGGAUCAGUAGCAUUGGCAAUUGGCUUUUCUGUUGCAAUUGGCCAUUUAUUUGCUGUCAAUUACACAGGAGCCAGCAUGAACCCUGCAAGAUCUUUUGGACCUGCUGUCAUUAUGAACAGAUGGGAAAAUCACUGGGUUUAUUGGGUUGGACCAAUAGUUGGCGCUGUUAUCGCAGGAGCUCUAUAUGAAUAUGUCUACUGUCCAAAUGUUGAGCUAAAGAAUCGCCUGAAGGAAGUUUUAAACAUGGCGACCAACCAAUCAAAAGGCAAAUACAGUGAAGUAGAUGAAAAUAAAAGUCAAAUAGAGUCGGAUGAUCUACUACUGAAGCCAGGAAUUGUCCACAUUAUUGAUGAAAAGAAAGAGAAAGAUCCUACUGGUGAAGUAUUAUCUUCUGUAUGACUAGAAGGAAUCAGCGAGACCAGAGAACAACCAUCAAAACUGUCUAAAAUUUUGUUUUCUAUGAAAGAGACAGAUCUAUUAUGAAAAUGUUGCAUAGCUGCUAAUAUAAAAACAAAGAACAUGUACAAAAUGAGGACUAUUUCUUAACUAAAGAUUUUUACUUCUUUUGGCAGUGUCCCUUUGGCAAAUGAAGGUGAAUAUAACUAAUACUUUACUUUAGAAUAAGUCAAUACUGAGCCUAACAAAAUGCCAGUUUAACAUUCAUAUUGACAGUAUGCAUUAGUUUUAAAUACCCACUGGCAAACUCUAACAAAUGAUUCUUAUUCUGACAUAUAAUUGGCUAUUGUCAGCACUGAUUAAGGAAUCUCCCCUUUAAUCACUCUUUAGAAUCUUAGUGACAACAAACGUAAAUAUAAAUAGUUCAAAGUAAAUGUAGUUUUUCAAAUUAGAAACUGCAUUAGGUGAAAAUUAUACACUUAAAAAUAAAGUUUUAAAAUAAUGUUACCCUAUUCUUGUAAAAGUCAACUUUUUUUAAACAAUACUUUCCAAAAGAAGUCAUAGCAGUAUGAAAAAAAAACUUAAUGGCUUCAGGAUGUAGAAAAAAAAUCAUUAAAUGCAGUUCUUUUUCUGUCAAUGUAUCUUUCUCGACGUUUGAUCUGCGGACUGCAGCAAUUCAUCAAGACACAUGAAAUAGUCUGAAUCACACACUAAAAAUAGAAAACUGAUAAAUAGAUUGUUUGUUCUCCAAAUUUAAGAGAUUCUUUCUUUCCAAAGUGUUUACUA